AUGCCCGCUAUCAAUUUCCUGUCCUCUGAGACGGAUACACUCUCUAACAAUCUGCGUGGUUUGACAUUCCGUCUUCGGGAGUUGAAACUAAAGCAGACGGUACUCUCCCUUGACUGGCUGUUUCCUCUGGACGAAUUCUGCCAGCCAGCACCCCAUACCACAGGCUACUAUUGCCCUCAUCUGGAGAACAUCUCUCUGUACGGAGUUCCCGAAUACCUCCCAUCAGGCGACUACCUCUUCCAUUACCCCCCAGCUCGUGAGGCAGAAUAUGCCGCCAUCGAAGACUGGGAAGAGGCAAUCUGCGAGAUGGUAGAUGAGCAGGCUCGUCUGACGGAACCUAUAAGGCAGGUUGUAUGA